AUGCCGAUCUACCUGAUCUCCAAAAAAGACACAGGCUCGGACGUCCACGUCGACCUAGACAUCGACACUAACAGCCGUGAACACAGAUUUGCAGACCCCAUCUUCGCCUUUACGAUUGGUACCUCCGCGGCGCUCAUUCGGAUCCGCCGGGAGGAACGAGAGAAACAUCCCGAACAGGCGGGGGAGAUCGGGUUUGGGACCAUCGCGAAGACGGGGGCGGAUCGAGUUCGGAGAUGGUGGGCGGGUGAUUUUGAGGGUUUAUAA